AGCCAAUGGGAGGGUUGAGUCCCCUCAGCCUUUCAGCCUCCCUGACAUCCACAGCGAGAAGUGAUGCAGCGCGACUGAGACGCGCAGUUGAGGUGGAACAACGGGCAACAAAAGCUGCAGUGAACGGAUACACUUGGCUCCGACGUGCGCCUUCACAACCCUGGGAAAAAAAAUCCUCCUAGAAUAAACUUCAUUAUAAGGUGCUGUUUGCCGCCCCAUGUGAGCCCGAGGAGCCUUUCCUGCUUCAGUAGAUUACAGCAUGUGGACUGAUCCAAUACUCUGACCAAAAAAACCUCUGGACACAGACCACUGAGGAGGGAGAAGAGCGCAGGGUGUGGUGGUGGUGGUGUGGCCAUGGAUAGAAGGAAAGUUUGCAUAUUGAUGGUGCUGUGGGUCAUGGCCCACCUCGGCUCUCCAGGAUACGGGCUCAGGGCCCUGCGGAGGACUACAGGGGGGCGGAGGGGGUCCGCGGGGCUGACGGGACAGGACGCCAAUGGAGUGCCGCUCAGGCGCUCCAAGCGAGGUUGGAUGUGGAACCAGUUCUUUUUGUUGGAGGAGUACACCGGGACAGACAUGCAGUAUGUCGGAAAGCUUCACUCAGAUUCUGAUCGAGGAGAUGGAAGCGUGAGGUACGUCCUCACAGGGGAGGGGGCCGGGAGCCUCUUCAAGAUAGACGAGAAGUCGGGGGACAUCCACGCCACCAAGAGGCUGGACCGGGAGGAGAAAGCCUACUACAUCCUCCACGCCAAAGCCGUAAACCGCUUCACCAACGAGGCGCUGGAGGGUCAGUCCGAGUUCAUCAUCAAGAUCCACGACAUCAACGACAACGAGCCUCGAUUCACCAAGGACCCGUACAUGGCCAGAGUCCCUGAAAUGUCUGACAUUGGCACCUCUGUUAUUCAGGUGACAGCCACGGACGCAGACGACGCCACGUACGGGAACAGCGCCAGGGUGGUGUACAGCAUCCUGGAGGGACAGCCGUACUUCUCUGUGGACCCAGAAACCGGCCUGAUCAAGACGGCGCUGCCCGGCAUGGACAGAGAAGUCAAGGAGAACUACCAGGUUGUGAUCCAGGCUAAAGACAUGGCCGGGCAGAUGGGCGGGCUCUCCGGCACCACCACAGUCAGCAUCACCCUCUCCGACGUCAACGACAACCCGCCACGCUUCACUAAGACCAUCUAUGAGUUCAGAGUGCCCGAGUCCACUGAGCUCGGGGCUCCGGUGGGCGUGCUCCGGGCCAUGGACGCCGACAUCGGCGAGAAUGCGGAGAUGGACUACAGGAUCAUCGGGAGCGACGGCCCCGGCAUGUUUGAUGUCACCACCAAUAGGAGCACGCAGGAGGGCGUCAUCGUGCUGAGGAAGCCUUUGGACUUUGAGAGGAAGCGACAGUACAUUCUCCGUAUUCAGGUGGAAAAUUCCCACAUCAACCCUCGCUUCUUCUCCGUGGGGCCCUUCAGGGACGAGGCCUCGGUCAAGAUCAUCGUAGAGGAUGUGGACGAGCCGCCGGUGUUCGAGCGUGCGAGCUACGUCAUGGAGGUGAAGGAGGACGCGGCCCGGGGCACCGUCAUCGGCUCCGUCAGCGCCUCCGAUCUCGAUGACAAAAGCAGCAUGGUCAGGUACUCUAUUGAUCGGCGCACCGACAUGGACAGAAUGUUCAACGUCCAUACAGGCAACGGGUCAGUGUUCAUCCUCAGGGAGCUGGACAGAGAAGAGAACGCCUGGCACAACAUCACCGUCACCGCCACAGAGUUCAACAACCCACGCCUGAUCAGCCGCGUGCCCGUUUACGUCAGAGUGCUGGACGUCAAUGACAACGCUCCGACAUUUGCCACCAAUUACGAGACCUUUGUGUGUGAGAACGCCAAGGCUAAUCAGAGGAUACAAACGGUCAGCGCCACAGAUCCUGACGAGCCUCUGGGAGGACACCGGUUCUUCUUCAGUCUGGCUCAGGAGGCUGCUGGGAAGGCCAACUUCUCCGUCCGUGAUAACAAAGACAACACGGCCUGGAUCCUGACGCGGAGGAACAGCUACCACAGCCUGCAGAAGAGCAUCUACCACGUGCCCGUGGUCAUCUCUGAUGCAGAGUUCCCGAUGCAGAGCAGCACCAACACGCUGACCAUCAGAGUGUGCACCUGCGACCGCGAGGGCAACAUGAAGCUGUGCAACGCCGAGGCUCUCACAGCGAGGGCGGGACUCAGCACCGGCGCCCUGGUGGCCAUUUUGCUUUGUGUCAUCAUUCUGCUCAUGAUCGUGGUGCUGUUUGCUGCCCUGAGGAGACAGAGGAAGAAGGAGCCUCUGAUCAUCUCCAAAGAGGACGUCAGAGACAACGUCGUCAGCUACAACGACGAAGGCGGCGGCGAGGAGGACACGCAGGCCUUUGAUAUCGGCACGCUGCGCAACCCGGAGGCCAUCGAGGAGAGCAAGCAGCGGCGGGACAUCGUCCCCGAGACCUUCUACCCUCCGGUCCGGCGGCCCGUGCUCCCCCCGAUGCGGGACAAUAACGGGGACGUGAGAGACUUCAUCAACCAGAGGCUCCAGGACAACGACAGCGACCCCACGGCGCCGCCGUACGACUCCCUGGCCACCUACGCCUACGAGGGGAACGGCUCCGUGGCGGAGUCCCUCAGCUCGCUGGAGUCGGUGACCACGGAGGGCGACCAGGACUACAACUACCUGAGCGAGUGGGGACCCCGGUUUAAAAAGCUGGCGGACAUGUACGGAGGAGACGACAGCGACAGGGAUUCCUAACGAGCGCCUGGCACACAGACAGGGAGAGAGAGAUCCAAUCAAAAAACACGUGUUUUAAAAAAACUUUUCGUGCAGUUCUGGUGCAUGCGUGGCGAGGAAAAAUGGCGCAAAAACGGACCAAGAAACGAGCCGUGCUGUACAAGUGCUCUUUCACCGCCACCGCUCACCAUUCAGUUGUCCCUCCGGUGACCAGACGUAGGCUUUGUAUGUCCAGUCAGUGUUAGUUGCGUUUUUUCGAGGGUGCAGUGAAAAGAAAAAACUUUGUGUCGAGACUUUUUUUGUGUGUAUACGGGGUGUACAUGAGGCCCAAAUAUAUCUAUACCGAUAUUUUCUUUUUUUUUUUUGUUCGUUUUUCCAAAGCUGCGUGUGAUGGACAUGUUCAACAAGCAGUUUUGUAAACCAACAGAUAUGCCUAUGUAUUUUUCAGUGUUUCUGGGACAAAAACAUGCUGCAUAUUGUGAGUUCUAUCUUAGCUUGUGUAUGUACGGUACUAUGAUACAAUACGCUGUACAGUUGUUUUUUUGUUUUUUUAAAGGAUUUCUAUCGUCCAUAACGACCCCCUCCUUUCAGCAAUGGCUGCCUCGCAUUAGCCACUUAUCCACAGUGGUGCUCGAGCCCAAAAAUGUUGGUGUCGGCACCAUUUCUCUAAUGAGAAAAUGAGAAAUCUCAACCGCAGAAGUGCGCAUUGUCAAAUUUGUGACAAGUGGCUAAUGUCCGUUAAAGCUUACACGAAGCUGUGGUGAAAGAAAGUGGAAAUUGUGGCCACAACAAACAUCCGCAAACACUCAUUUUAGCCAUUUUUGCAGUAUCUAAUUUUCAUCUCCACACAGCUUGAGCAUUUCCCUGUGAGGUGAGCCAAAUACCAAAUAUUUCCUUAUUGAGCUGAAUGUCUUCAGAACCAUUUUUCUCUGUGCAGCCAACUCUCCGGCUGAAAAAUGAAGUACACAGAAUAGUGUUACUUUCUAAGAUACAUUGAUAUAAAUUCACCAAUCUUAACGUGCACCAGAGGAAAAUACUGGUCUUGUUGGACUUUUUUUUUUUUUUUUUUGCUCAUAUCGACCACAGAAAUGUGUAAAUGUUCCCCUCUGUACAGCAUGGUGUAAGUCAAAGUCACAUUAACGCCCAGUGAUGAAACGAUGCCACGGAGCUUGAAACUACCAGAUAAAACGAAACAUCUCGUGGAAAGUUACCAUUAAAAUUCAUUAUGCAAUUUUAUUUUCCUCCCCUUAAAUGGUUCAUUUUAUCUGUUCGGGGAGAAAAACAGGUGAAGGAGCGUUUGAAUCAAUGUACCAAGAGGGAAUUAGAGGAAUUAUACACACGGAAAUCAUGGAAAAAAUUAUUAGACCCUUGUUUUCUUACAUUUCUUGUUCAUUUGUUUGGACAAAUAUGAUGAUAACAACAUAAAUAGCUCAUAAGAGUUUACUUUAAGAGCUGAUGAAAACAUUUUGCAUGUUUUUUUUUUUAUAAUGAUUUUGGUUAUUAUCAAGAAAACCAUGGACUUCCAUGAUUCAGACACUUAAGUCUGAUAGAAUCACUGGAGAACAAUAAACUAACACAAAACAAAUUCAUCUUUUUUUUGAUUGUUAUAAUUUCUCUCAUAAACACUUAAAGAAACUUUAAAAAAAAAGUAUUUAAAGUGGGAAAAAGAUCAGUAACAGUCAGUCAGAGAAACAUUUAGUCAGAUUCUCUUCAGAUAUUUAUGUUUGAUUUGAGGAGAAAGAGGAAAAAAUGUUACUUUAGGAAUGACAAAAAUAAGACAAAUUAUUGGAAAUAUAAACAAUUAAACAGAUCAAAAUGAUAAAAUCGGAACUUCUGACUUAAAUAGAAAUAUAACUUUAACUUAUCUCUAAAGGAUAACUCAGUAUUCCCUUAAAUGUACCUUUAGUUGGACCAAAUGAACAAGAAAUGAGAGAAAACAAGGGUGGUCUAAUCAUUUUUCCAUUAUUGUAAAGUGUUUAAACUCUGAUGCUUUGUUAUAUGAAGAAUACAGUCUUUACAGAUGGACAAUGUGAGUUGAAAGAGUUGCCUUAAAUUUGAGAAAAAGGCCUGAAGUCUUGAUUUAGGGGUCAGAUUCUAAAUGUACCACAUGGCUUACAGCAUUUAAAGUAAAUAUGAAAUAAGAGUUUUCCUUAAUUCUGUUUGAUGGACCUUUUGUGUCAGGAGAGAGGCUGUGCACAGUCGAAUGUAUGUUUUAGGAAAAUGUGCCAAAAAGCAAAGAACACCAGUAUUUUCCUUUUAAAAAAACUCUCCUAUUCCUGUCCACUGUCCCCUGCCCUUCAUUACAUGUGCUGUAUGCAGUGUUGAGCAUGAAGCCGGUCCAAGUGCUCACCCAACUGAUUUCCUGAGGGACGAGCAGCCUUUUUUCCAUAAAGGGGUUUUAUCAAGGGCCACCUGACCUUUGAGCGGUGUGGAAUAAGGCUCUUAAACACAGAGGUGUGUCCUCGGCUCGGAGAGAAGGGCAAAACAUUAUCCUGCAGCCAGAACACAAAGUUUUUAUUACGAAUUAGAAAAAAAUAAUAAAAAAAGCAAUACUAUCAAAGGACUUCAAGACCUCCCCGACUAUAAAUAAACAGUUAUGAAAUAAAGAGGGCUGCUUUAACUGGGAGGGCAGAGUGAUAAAGAAAAAAAGCGGGCCAGCUAAAACAAGCUCUGCCCUCACUUUAGCGAAAGGCCAAGCCGUGAA